AUGCGAAUCCAUCUCCAAACGACCUUCACGGACCUGACAAACGUCUUCGACACGGUGAAUCAUGACGGACUGUGGAAAGUCAUGCAGAAAAUCUGCUGUCCAGAGUGCUUCACUCACACAACACCCCAGCUCCUUGACGAGACAAUAGCACGCGUCACUGACAACGGGAUUUUACCAACGGGGAGAAGAAGGCUGUUCCUAUGCGCCUACCUCCUUCAGUCCUAUGAUCUCUGCCAUUUUGAUGGACGUCUACCGCAACGAGUGCCUCAGGAUCCGCAUCACCUACGGGACUACACGCGAGCAUCCACAACCACCGUCAACAGCGUACUCUUCGCGGACGUCUGUGUUCUUAAUACAACGACAGAACGGGGCAGGCAAAGGAAUAGUGACCACUACACCGUCCAUAACGCUAACUUCCGACUUACAAUCAAUACUGACAAAACGGUGGUAAUACGCUAA